AUGGCCAUCUCAGGCACUCAACAUGAUCAUGCAGUACGCAGAACAGAUAUCGAUGAUCUUGAAUUGGAGUCUGUCGGAUACCGGCGUGAGAUGCCGCGUCAAUUCUCGAUAUGGUCCCUGGGUGCAUUAUCAUUCACUCUCACUUGCACCUGGUUGGGGACCGGCUCGUCUGUUGGUAUUGCUCUCCAGGAAGGAUCUUAUGCUGGAACCCUAUGGUCUCUUCCAAUCGCUGGAAUAAUGACGACUAUUGUAUCGCUCGGAAUGGCCGAGCUAGCAUCAGCAUAUCCUGUGGCUGGUGCUCAGUAUUACUGGGCUUUCAUGGUAGCAAGUGAGAACUGGAAAGCAUUUGCGUCAUACCUGUAA